AUGAGGCUAGAAGCAUCUGUUGGUAAAGACACACAGGAGUUAUCCCAAGAAAGAUUGGGUAACAACUCUAAUCAGAAUAUCAGUGGGAUGGGUUCAUUCUUACAAAAAUUUCAGACCAGUGAUUACAUAAGAAAGGAAGAGGAGAAGAAGCGACUUGAAGAAGAUCGUAAGACCAAAGAAGCAGAAGGCGUAAUUAAUUACGAAAUGCAUUAUUUAGUCAAGGAAUUCAACAAAAUCAACAAAAGCUGUCUAUGCAAAGAGUGUAAUAAAGUGAUCCAGCUACAUGAAAAUACCAAAGCUAUUAGAAGGAUGAAGUUCCAUAAUAAAUGAUUUGAUAAUUCUGCUUAUAAGGUAUAUUUUACUCCCAUUUAUCACCCAGGAUCUGAACUCUUAAUCUUCGAAAUCACUAAAUCCCAAAGGAAGAGGUAGAUCUAAAGGCACCUAAGCCCUCUGAUCGCACCCAGGCUUCCUCUAAGCCCACUUCUACUCACCAGCGUGGCAAAAGACGUCCAAAGACAGUGAAAAAUUCUCGAGCCCAGGACCAAAAUUCAACAAAAUCCCCUGAAAAGACCACUGGUUCCAAAAAGACGCCGAACAGACAUCCGACUCCAUUCCCGCAGAAAGUACGGAAGGCCGUCCGCAAAUAAGCUGUAGGCUUACUUAAUUUAUAUAAGAAUCUUAC